AUGGGCGCUCGUGAUGAAGAUACCUACCUCUUCAACCACUUUGCCUUCAAUAUCACUUACACUGCGUCCGAGCCUUCAAAAUACAAUUUAAUUGCCGUCCAGGUUACUCCAAUGAGCAUUGCUCACGACAUAAAUAAUCUCAAGUGCUCUGCCGGCCAGCCGCUGUCACUGCCAGAAAAAUUUUUCACACCCCUCACAGUUGUCUACACCUACAGUGUCCAAUUCGUCGAAGUUCGGGAUGCGCCACUGAGUAGCCGAUGGAGCUAUCUAAUUUCGGAGGCACCACACGAGAACAUCCAGUGGGUGUCCAUUAUCAAUUCUGUACUCGUCGUGUUCUUCCUUACCAUCCUCGUGGCAAUUGUGCUGGUGCGCACUCUGCGUCGUGAUUUUCUGCAAUAUGACAAGUUGGAGAGUGAGGUGAACAUCUACUUUGAUGCCUCCUUUCUGCCUAACGAGACCCAGGAAGAGUUCGGUUGGAAGCUGGUCCACGGUGACGUCUUCCGAGCCCCGCGCUACCCUAUGGUAUUCGCCGUGCUAAUCGGUUCCGGGGUGCAGAUGGCUCUCAUGUCUGCCAUCACACUGUUCUUCAGCUGUUUCGGUAUCCUCUCGCCCAUUCACCGUGGCGCCUUUGCUACCUGUGCCAUCGCUGUCUUUGUCUGUCUGGGCGCUUCUGCCGGUUACACUUCUGCUCGGCUCUACAAGUUCUUCAAUGGGCUGCGCUGGAAGACCAACAUUCUAUUGACGGGUCUCUUCUGCCCGGGACUCGUGAUGAGUGUCUUUUUAGCGAUCAACUUCGUCCUCAUUUUGCUCGACAGUUCUGCUGCUGUCUCAUUCACUGCCAUUCUCUCCAUCCUUGCCAUGUGGCUUCUGGUCUCUCUGCCCCUCUGUUUCAUUGGAGCCUUCUUUGGAUUCCGUCAACAGGCCAUCCGAGUGCCCACUCGGACUAACCAGAUCCCAAGGCAGGUGCCUCCACAGGCUUGUUACACUCUCACUCUACCAACAAUGCUUCUGACUGGGCUGUUGCCCUUCGGUUGUAUCUUCGUCCAACUCUUCUUUAUCUUCAACAGCAUUUGGGGCCAGCAGCUCUUCUUCAUGUUCGGCUUCCUGUUCCUUGUGUUUGUUUUCUUCCUUGCCUGCAUCAUCGAGAUUAGCAUUCUCACUUGCUACUUCCAGCUCUGUGCUGAGAAUUACCGAUGGUGGUGGCGCUCAUUCCUCUCGGGCGGAUCGACGGCGAUUUACGUGUUGGGCUAUGCAAUAAACUAUUACCUCUUCAAGACACAGUACAGAGGCUUCAUCUCCGGUUUCCUUUACCUCACCUGCACUGCUCUCGUCUCUGGGCUCUUAUUCAUCAUGCUUGGCAGCGUGGGCUUCCUCUCGUGUUUCGUCUUCACCCGUGUUAUCUAUCGUGUUGUCAAGGUUGAUUAG